AUGGCUGCUCGCAGAGGAACGCCUACUCACAUAUACAGUGACAACGGUAGAAACUUUGUCGGUGCAAACAAAUUAUUGCAAGCAGAAUAUCAUGACCUACAGCAAAUAUUCAACAAGGAUUUUUUUGCUGAAGUUACAGAAAUGGAAAUCAGUUGGCAUUUUAACGCGCCAAUCUGGCCCUCAGCAGGUGGCCUGUGGGAAUCGGCCGUUAAAAGCUUUAAAUAUCAUUUUAAAAGAGUGAUUGGUGAACAAAAGUUAACGUACGAAGAGUUGUCAACGGUAUUAGCCCAAAUCGAAGCGUGCCUGAAUUCUAGACCUCUGUGCCCACUAACUGAAGAUCCACAAGAUUUGGCAUAUCUGACACCGUCACACUUCUUGACUGGUGGAUCAGCACUUACAUUGGUUGAAACAGAAAGAGACUUGAGAACCAGAUGGCAGCUGACUCAGAGAAUUUUCAGUGACAUUUGGAAACGAUGGCGUUCUGAGUAUCUAACACAAUUAACAACACGUAGCAAAUGGCGAAAGCCUCGUGAAAAUAUCAAACUAAAUGACGUAGUCCUUCUGCACGACGACAACCUACCACCGGGAAAAUGGUCAAUAGGUAGAGUGAUAGAGCUGCAUCCGGGUACAGACGGAUAUGUCCGGGUUGUUAGUCUAAAAACGAAAAACGGAGUACUCAAAAGACCCAUCACAAAAUUAUCAAUUUUGCCAAUUAACCCUUCCAAAUCGGAGAUAUUUCAAAACGAUAAAAAAGUUGUAUCAGACACUACUCCUCCCCCACUCACAAGAGAAAUAUAA